UUUCUGAAAUUAUCAAACGAUUUGAUAGGACACACUUUUAUUGUUUUUAUUUUGGGCUCUCUCUCUCUCUCAUACCAAUAAAUAGGGGAGAGUGCAUGCCCUCAUUUUGAACUCACCUGAAAGUGACUGGGAGGGAGUGAGUGAGGGUAGUAGAAUCUGAUCCAUCACCAUGUUCAAGCUUUUAGCUAACAGAGCAGCUAGGGUUUCAAUUUCUCCCAACCGCAAUGCCUGUGCAGCUUUCAAUUUCUCUAGGUGCGUUCAUUCGUUGCCAUUUGCCACAGUAGAGGCAGAAGAGAUUUCAGGUUCUAAGCCUGCUGAAGUUUUGAACUUGGUGCAAGGUAAAUGGGUAGGAUCUUCAAACUGGAGUACCGUUGUGGAUCCUUUAAAUGGAGAAUCAUUUAUUAAAGUUGCAGAAGUUGAUGGAACAGGAAUUCAGCCAUUUGUGGAAAGCUUGUCUAGCUGUCCCAAACAUGGUGUACACAAUCCUUUUAAGGCACCAGAGAGAUAUCUGAUGCUUGGAGAUGUAUCUACCAAGGCAGCUCACAUGUUAUCACUUCCUAAGGUUUCAGAUUUCUUUACAAGACUAAUACAAAGAGUUUCGCCAAAGAGUUAUCAACAGGCUUUUGGGGAAGUGUAUGUGACACAGAAGUUUUUAGAGAAUUUUUGCGGAGAUCAGGUUCGAUUCCUUGCAAGGUCUUUUGCAGUACCUGGAAAUCAUCUUGGCCAGCAAAGUCAUGGUUUUCGUUGGCCAUAUGGUCCUGUGGCAAUUAUUACUCCUUUUAAUUUUCCCUUGGAGAUUCCGGUCCUUCAAUUAAUGGGAGCACUGUAUAUGGGCAACAAGCCAGUCCUUAAAGUAGACACCAAAGUGAGCAUUGUUAUGGAACAAAUGUUGCGCCUGCUUCAUACAUGUGGUUUACCCGUAGAAGAUGUAGACUUCAUAAAUUCGGAUGGAAAGACAAUGAACAAACUGUUGCUGGAGGGAAAUCCACGAAUGACCCUUUUUACUGGUAGUUCUAAAGUGGCAGAGAAGUUGGCUAAUGAUUUAAAUGGCCGCGUUAAAUUGGAAGAUGCUGGAUUUGACUGGAAAAUACUUGGCCCUGAUGUCCAUCAGGAGGAUUACAUUGCAUGGGUCUGUGACCAGGAUGCAUAUGCAUGCAGUGGUCAAAAGUGCUCAGCACAAUCAUUGUUAUUUAUGCACGAGAAUUGGUCAUCAACUUCUUUGAUACGUAAGAUGAAAGAUCUUGCUGAGAGAAGAAAGCUAGCGGACUUGACAAUUGGCCCAGUCCUCACGUUUACGACUGAUUCAAUGCUAGAACACACAAAUAAAUUACUUGAGAUACCAGGAUCAAAGCUGCUCUUUGGGGGUCAGCCUUUAGAGAACCAUUUAAUUCCAUCAAUUUAUGGUGCUAUUAAACCCACGGCUGUUUAUGUUCCUAUUGAGGAAAUUGUGAAGGAUAAGAAUUACGAGCUUGUUACAAAAGAAAUAUUUGGACCCUUUCAGAUUAUUACCGACUACAAAAGCAGUCAAUUGUCAGUUGUGUUGGAUCUUAUUGAAAGAAUGCAUGCCCAUUUAACCGCAGCAGUAGUUUCAAACGACCCAUUAUUUUUACAGGAAGUAAUUGGAAAAUCAGUGAACGGUACUACUUAUGCCGGUCUCCGAGCAAGAACGACAGGAGCUCCACAGAACCACUGGUUUGGACCUGCCGGGGAUCCCAGAGGUGCGGGAAUUGGAACACCAGAGGCUAUCAAACUUGUAUGGUCUUGCCACAGAGAAAUUAUCUAUGAUUUGGGACCUGUGUCAAAGGAUUGGGAAGUUCCUUCACCAACUUAGAUUUGCAGGAACAAUAUGAUUAGAAAUGUAGUUGCAGGAAUAAUAAGAUUAGAAACGUGAGAGCUAGCAUAUUAGCAUGUGACGUUUUUAGAUUUAAAACAAAUUUAUGAAAAUUAAAUUUUGGUUAGCUUUAAAUAUUAUUGACGUGCUUAUCUU